CUAUGGGGUCGCAAAGAGUGGGACACGAAUGAGCGACUGAGCUGAACUGAACUUGCCUCUUGGUGGCGCUGGGGUCUCUGCAGCUUGGGGCCAAGAUCGUGGAUCCUGGCGUCAGACUUGCUGGACCCGUGAUCCCUCUGGGCCUCAAUUUCUUCAUCCCUAAAGCAGUAACUUCUGACACGCCACAGCCGGGAUGAGCCUUGACGAUGUUCCGCUCGGUGAGAUGAACCUGGGUGUGACCUGCCCGCUUCCCCCAGGGGAACCUUCAGGAGCCCCCGCCCCGCAGAUUCGCUGGGCGCCGGCGAUUGGACCCGAGCGUGCGGCCCGAGCACCUCUGGGGAGCGGCGCGCGGGGGGCGGGCCGAACGCUGCUCCGUCGGUCGCGGCCCGGGGCUCGCUGAGUCCCGUGUCCCCUGCGUGGAGAGGCCGGUCCGCCCCCGCCAUGGGCCUGGAGCUCUACCUGGACCUGCUGUCCCAACCCUGCCGCGCCAUCUACAUCUUCGCCAAGAAGAACAGCAUCCCCUUCGAGCUGCACACCGUGGACCUGCGCAAAGGCCAGCACCUCAGCGACGCCUUUGCCCAGGUGAACCCCCUGCAGAAGGUGCCAGUCUUGAAGGACGGGGACUUCAUCUUGACUGAGAGCGUGGCCAUCCUGCUCUACCUGGCCCGCAAGUACAAGGUCCCCAACCACUGGUACCCUCGGGAUCUGCAGGCCUGUGCCCGUGUGGACGAGUACCUAGCCUGGCAGCACGCAGCCCUGCGGAGAAGCUGCCUCCGAGCCCUGUGGCAUAAGGUGAUGCUCCCUGUUUUCCUGGGUGAGCCGGUCUCUCCCGAGAUGCUGGCGACCACUCUGGCCGAGUUGGACAUGGCCCUGCAGGUGCUUGAGGGCAAGUUCCUCCAGGACAAAGCCUUUCUCACUGGGCCCCACAUCUCUCUGGCUGACCUGGUAGCCAUCACGGAGCUGAUGCAUCCCGUGGGUGCCGGGUGCCAAGUCUUCAAAGGCCGACCCAAGCUGGCCGCGUGGCGCCAGCGCGUGGAGGCAGCAGUGGGGGAGGUCCUCUUCCAGGAGGCCCAUGAGGUCAUCCUCAAGGCCAAGGACUGUCAGCCUGCAGACCCCACCUUAAAGCAGAAGAUGCUGCCCAAAGUGCUGGCCAUGAUCCAGUGAGCCAGGAAGGCUCGCCUCUGCUCCGCCCUUGGCAGUUCGCAGAGUGGCUUCAUUUCCAUUGUUGCUUGGGAGGCAGAGCCGGAGAGCAGGCGGAGAGCAGGCAUGGCUUGCCUGCCUGAGUCCUCUGCUCCCCGGGCCAGGUUCCCACCCAUCUAUCUCUGGGGCUGCAAAGCCAUGAAGGGAAUGGCACACCCAGACCUUGUCUCCUUUCAUCUGCGUUUUCUUUCCAAUCUGGGAAAUAAACCUGGGCUCAGCCUGAGCCUUUGCUUCUAA